AUGGUGUCGACGAUCCCCCAUUCUCCCUGCACCCUCACAAACCAAACGUGUAUGUGUACGGAUCCAGUCUUUACCGGCACACUUGAGAUAUGCGUCCAAGCAAACUGUACCAUUCGCGAGUCUCUAGCUACGAAGAAUGUGACUUCAUCAGCUUGUGGAGUGCCGGUUCGAGACCGGACCCGUGUAGUCUCCAUUGCCGGCGUUGCUGGAGGAGUUUUGGCACUGAUGGCUUUUGUUUUGCGCAUGAUCGCGAGGCUGCCAUUCUGUGGUGGUCAAUUUGGAAUGGAUGAUUUAGCAAUGAUCGUAACGAUGUCACUGGUCAUUCCUCUUUCUGCCCUGUCGGUUGUCUUGGCAAAUUUGGGUCUGGGAAAAGACCUCUGGACAGUGUCGCCAGACAAUAUCACGCAUAUCCUCUAUAUCUACUUCUACGACGAAUUAUUGUAUCUCAGUAUCAUCCCACUGACCAAGAUCUCUAUCUGUCUCUUCUAUCUACGUGUGUUUCCCGCGCGUCCUUUUCGAAUCGUGACAUAUGUCGUAAUCGGGCUGAAUGCGGGCUACCUGAUUGCUUUUGUCUUGAUCUCGGUCUUCCAAUGCAGACCCAUCAAGGGCGCCUGGCUGCACUGGGACGGGGAAGGCCACUACUCGUGCAACGACAUCAAUGCCCAAGGCUGGUCUGCAGCGGCCAUCAACAUGGUUCUGGAUCUGGUUGUUAUGGCCCUGCCCUUGCGCGAGCUGUAUCGGCUCAAUCUCUCACUGCGCAAGAAGCUUUUUGUCAUGUCCAUGUUCAGCUUAGGAAUCUUUGUCACUUUGGUCAGUAUCGUCCGACUCAACUCACUCAUCCAUUUUGCCGCGACCAAUAAUCUUACCUGGGACUAUGUCGAAAUCGGAUACUGGAGUACGAUCGAAGUCCAUGUGGGCAUCAUUUGCGCCUGUCUGCCGGCCAUUCGUGCCUUAAUGCGUCGUCUAUGUCCGACCCUGUUCGGAGACACUACUCGCGCAGCUUCCAAGCAGAGCGCGACUCGGUCGGCAAGAGCUGCUUCCAGAGGAGAGGGAAAUAUUCUCAAUCGCCCCAGCCUCAAUGAGUAUGACUAUAUCGUUGUCGGCUCUGGACCUGGAGGAGGCCCUCUGGCAGCCCGGCUGGCAAUUGCCGGGUUCAAGGUGCUGUUGCUCGAUGCCGGAGAUGAUCAAGGAGAUGCCUUCCAACAGCAAGUUCCCGCUCUUCAGCUGCAAUCAACCGAGUAUGAGCCGAUGAGAUGGGACUAUUUUGUGAAUCACUACUCGGAUCUCGAGCGUCAGAAGCAAGACUCUAAGAUGACCUACCGGACUCCUGCCGGGGAGUUGUAUGUGGGUCGGAAUCCUCCAGCGAACUCGGAACCCCUGGGCAUAUUGUAUCCACGUGCAGGCACACUGGGUGGUUGCUCGGCGCACAAUGCCAUGAUCACCAUCUACCCGUAUGAGAGCGACUGGCAAGAUCUCGCCACGCUUACUGGCAAUGACUCCUGGGACCCUCAGAAGAUGCGCGGCUACUUCACACGCCUCGAGCGCAACCGAUACCUUCCCAGCAGCCUGAUAGGUCAUGGUUUUGACGGUUGGCUGACCACCAGUCUUACCCAAUUGACCCUAGUACUGGAGGAUCAGAAGCUGUUGUCCUUGGUCAUUGCGGCAGCCACCGCAGUGGGAAAGUCUCUGCUGGGCAUGAUCAUCACUACCGUCACUGGGUUGGGGGAGAUCCUGCUGCGCGACCUCAACAACCCGCUGCCCACCCGCGACCAGCAGACUGGACUCUUUCAGGUCCCCAUCGCGGUAGAUGUGCCCGAGUACAAGCGCACUGGUCCUCGUGACUUUCUCAUGAAGACCGUCAACAGUGUCAACAAGGACGGCUCUCGCAAAUACCACCUGGACAUCCAGUUAAAUACACUGGUAACAAAUGUUCGUUUUGACACGACCGGUGAGAGACCCAGAGCCAUCGGUGUCGAUUAUCUCCGGGGCCAGAGCCUGUACCGCGCCGAUCCCCGUGCGAGCAACGCAUCCACAGGAACUCCUGGCAGUGUCAACGCUGCCAAGGAGGUGAUCCUUUCGGCAGGUACCUUCAACACCCCCCAGCUGCUCAAGCUCAGUGGCAUUGGGCCCAAGGAAGAGUUGAGCAAGUGGAACAUCCGCACCCUGGUGGACUUGCCUGGCGUGGGCAAGAACCUGCAGGACCGAUAUGAGACCGGCGUUGUGGGCAAGGCCCCAACGGACUUUGUCCUCACAAGCAAGUGCACCUUCAUGUAUAGCAUGCCUGAUCCCUGCCUGGACCAGUGGAAGAACAACGCCAUUGACAAGGGUACCUAUACAACCAACGGCAUUGCCAUCGCUAUUGUCCGUAAGACAUCCACGGCUGAAGGAAAUCCCGAUGUUCUCAUAUCAGGAGCUCCAGUCAACUUUCCAGGCUACUAUCCCAACUACUCGUACGAGGGCCUGAAGGAUGCGCAAUACUGGACCUGGAUUACCCUGAAGGCCCAGAGCCGGAACAAUGCCGGCACGGUCGAACUGCGCUCAGCGGACCCUAGAGAUACUCCGAUGAUCAACUUCAACUCCUUCGAUAGCGGCGUGACGGAAAAUGGCGCAGACGAGAAGGACCUUCAGGCUGUCUAUGAGUCCAUGCUGUUUUCCCGCAAGAUCUUCAAUGAUCUGGUGCCUUUGGACGGCAAGUUUGAAGAAGUAUGGCCCGGACCCAACGUGACCUCCGAGGCCGACCUGAAGGACUUUAUCAAGCGGGAGGCAUGGGGUCAUCAUGCCUGCUGUACCGCCGCCAUUGGAGCCGACGAGGAUCCAAACGCUGUCCUUGACUCGGACUUCCGAGUGCGUGGUGUGGAUGGCCUGCGCGUCGUGGAUGCUUCGGUGUUCCCCAAGAUCCCGGGGUGGUACAUCGCGCUUCCCAUUUACAUGAUCAGCGAGAAGGCGGCCGACGUCAUUAUUGCCGAUGCUGCGUAG